UUGAGAUCUGAAUGUUAGAAAAAGGUAUCAAACCCCGAAGCUGGUUUUUCGUCUUCUUUCCUCGCCCUAGUUCUCUUUCUCUCACUGUCUUUGCUCCAUCAAUUAUCAGCUAACCAUGACCAAGCAGCAAGCUAACUGGUCUCCAUACGACAACAAUGGCGGAUCCUGCGUUGCGGUUGCCGGAGCCGAUUACUGCGUUGUCGCGGCCGAUACUCGCAUGUCCACCGGUUACAGUAUUCUCACGCGCGAGUACUCCAAAAUCUGCAAACUAGCGGACAAAUGUGUAAUGGCUUCUUCUGGUUUUCAAGCUGAUGUGAAAGCUUUACAAAAGCUCUUGGCAGCUAGGCACUUGAUCUAUCAGCAACAACACAACAAGCAGAUGAGCUGCCCUGCUAUGGGUCAACUGCUCUCUAACACCCUCUACUAUAAACGAUUCUUUCCGUAUUAUUCCUUCAACGUUCUAGGUGGCCUUGACAGUGAAGGGAAGGGUUGUGUCUUCACAUAUGAUGCUGUUGGUUCCUAUGAGAGAGUUGGAUAUAGUUCCCAAGGUUCUGGUUCCACACUCAUCAUGCCCUUUCUGGAUAACCAGCUGAAGUCUCCCAGCCCUCUCUUAUUGCCUGCCCUGGAUGCUGUUACACCACUUUCUGAAUCAGAAGCAGUUGAUUUGGUUAAAACUGUUUUUGCAUCUGCAACUGAGAGGGAUAUAUACACUGGAGACAAGCUUGAAAUUGUCGUUAUAAAUGCUGAAGGUAUUCGUCGUGAAUUCAUUGAACUCAGGAAAGACUGAUUUCUGUCCUGAAUUGUUGUGCUGGUCUUCAAAGCAAUAUGCUCAAAUGGCCUUUGAUGGUAUUGCCAUGGUGGUUCUUUCGGUGUUCUCAUGACUCAUCAAUUAAGAUUUAGCUUGUCAAUGAGUUAAAUAUGAACAAUUGCAUUUCCUUAUGGGAAUUGUUGAAGAAGUGAUGCCUAUUUUGGACACGAGUUUCCUGUAUUAGACAAUGUCAAUAUCCACUUGUCUUUGCCCCAAGUUUAUAUAUUUAAGUCUUAACACUCUUGAAAAUAGACGUGGUAAUGACUUAUGAAUGAUGAAUCUCCUUUAA